AUGGUUACUUACAACACGUUGAUCCACGGGUUUUGUAAGAAAGGUGAUAUGGAGGGUGCCACGAGGGUUUUUGACAGACUGGUUGAGAGUAAGAGUUGCAAGCCGGAUGUGGUGAGUUUUGCCACUUUGAUUGAAGGGUCUUGUUUGAGCGGUGAAGCGGACGAGGCCAGGAAGAUGAUGAGUAGGAUGCGGUUGAAUGGUUUGAAAGACGACGUUGCCAUAAACACUAGCUUGUUGAAGGUGUUUUUCAUUGUGGGGAAGUUUGAUGAGACUGUUGAGCAUUUGAGGGAAAUGGUUAGUCACAGGAUGAAGCCAGAUGUGAAAGCGUAUGGGGUUGUCGUCAAUGAGUAUUGCAAGAUUAGAAAACCAAGCGAAGCAGUGUUGCUUCUGAGGGAAAUGGUGGUGAGGGGUGUUAAGCCAAUUACCAACGAACGAAUCGUGUCUGAAACAUUCCCCGUAGCGGCGGCGCUGUCUCUUUGGCGCGGCCGCUACCACCACCACUGCACCACACCACACACACAUUUUCCAUUUUCCCCGCCAAACCAACAAGGCUUUUGUUUAUGA